UCUUGUACCAGUGCAUCAUUGUACCAGUGAAUCAUUGUACCAGUGCAUCAUUGUACCAGUGCAUCAUUGUACCAAUAAAUCAUUGUACCAGUGCAUUAUUGUACCAGUGUAUCAUUGUAUCAGUGUAUCAUUGUACCAGUGCAUCAUUGUACCAGUGCAUUAUUGUACCAUUCAUCAUUGUACCAGUGCAUUAUUGUACCAGUGUAUCAUUGUAUCAGUGUAUCAUUGUACCAGUGCAUCAUUGUACCAAUGAAUCAUUGUACCAGUGCAUUAUUGUACCAAUGUAUCAUUGUACCAGUGCAUCAUUGUACCAGUGCAUCAUUGUACCAGUGCAUUAUUGUACCAUUCAUCAUUGUACCAGUGCAUCAUUGAAACAGUGCAUCAUGAAGCGAUGUCUCAAAUAG